CUAUAACUAAUCCACCCCUUCCCACCACUGCAUCCCUACCAUCGUAACCAUGUUGGUCUACCCAGUCCUCCUGGUAGCCCUGGGUGCCCUAUGGCCACUGGACUGGACCCAUACUAAACUGGACUCACUGAGCCCAGUGACUGGCCACUACCACGGUUCUACAUGGGCCAUGGCAGAGAAGGUGACUCAAGGUGAUGAUCCUGGCGAGGAAGUAGUGGUAGUGGAAGGUACUGCUAGUGAUGAAGCGGCAAAGAACAAGGAGAGUCAGAAGGGGUGGAAACAGAAACUAAAAGAAUGGGCUAUAGAGUAUGGUAUACUGGACGAAAAUGGACAUUUUCAAUGGGGGCUGUAUGUAAUAAUAUUCUUGCUGCUGUUCAUAAUGGCAACAAUGACGGGAGGGGUGCCAGCGGCGAUUGUUAUCAUCAUAAUAUAUUUCUUAGGAAAGAAGUUCUAUAUGUUUAUGAAGGAUAAUUGCUGUGGAGGUGCUACAAAGAAGAUGACCCCUAAACAUGUAGAUUAAUUAUCAGCAUCUAAAGUGUACCCCUCAGUAAGUGCGUUA